AUGGAUUCAGCGAAAACCACGCCUUCGUCAAGCCCAUCACAUUACUCCUUCGGGCAGCAUUUCAGUAACAUGACCCAGAACACCCUCUGCUCCAUAGAGAGCCAGGAAACCGAAGAAAAUGCAUGCUCUCUGGACAUUGAUCAACUCGCUGUGCUCAAACCUCCCCAUCGUCUCUUCUCUACACCACAAGAUGGCCGCACUCUGUAUACUAUCAACUCGAAGGAGUGGUGCUACAAACUUUCCCACUCGGCCGAUCUUUACAAAAGUGGUUUGUCUGGUGACACGAAGAAACUAGAUUACCAAUGGCAGAGUGUGUAUGGUGCAACCGGCGUUGUCUACGGCAUUGCCAAAAUUUUCAUUGCCAUGUGUCGAAGUUUUCGUUUAGAUCUUCACACCCCUUCUGGCAGUAUCUUGGCAUACGUUGAAAAAGUAGAAAAAGAGCUAGAAAAUGGGUCUGUGAUAGAUUUCAUCCUUGCCAUUGAGAAUCUCUAUUCCUGUUUGUAUGCUAGAUUGGACAUUGAAGUCGGCCUCAUUCACUUCUGCACGUCUUUCGUCGGCAAUGGGCAAAAGCGACGGUCCAAGACUCAACCACAAAUGCCAGAGCCAGAACACAUUUACUCAAUACUGGCUAUGUGUAAGAGCGCCUUGGAAGACGAAAGUGUUUGUUCAGCAAUUGACGACCGGAUGAUCAGCUAUCACCAAAAUUAUUACGUUGCGGAAAUGACCAGAAAAUAUCGCAUGCAUGGGACUCUACCGCUUGACCAUACCGGCUUUCGUGCGCAUGUCUAUGAGACGAUCCAGGACCCCCAAUGUCACUCGUUUCGACACUGGUGUCAUUUAUAUCCUAUUCUAGGCCAUCUUCCUAUCGACAUCUUGGCGUUUCUCGCUGAAAAGUACAUUCCCAUGUAUCCUCGCACGAGUUACAAGUAUGACCAUGCCACGUUCAAAUCACCUGGUGCUUAUGACUCUGUGGAAAAUGCCACUGCUUGGGCCGAGAACAUGAAGUGUGCUCAUCGAAUGUGCGCUCUGGCGAGAAUUGAGGGCAAGACCAUCGGACAGUUGCGGCGAGAAGAGAACAAUUUCAAUAUCGCAAGUCGAUGGAUGCGCGGAUACCACCUGUACAAACCUGACUACCAGGCUACUUUUCGCGAGAAGAGUACCGCCAUGGGCGAAUUGACAUAUGAGUCCUUGGUUGCUCUCAAGCAAGACUUGCCUGAAUCUCUCGCUUGCCGUGAACUAGCUGCAGGUAUCAACAUUAUCCGAGAGGAAAUGAUCAAACAGCGCAUCGUUCCAUCACGGCCUGAAUAUGAUAUCUUUGGUGCAGCUGUCGGCGUACGUGAUCUAGGUCGGACUGUGACGCUGGGGAAUGCGAGUUACUAUUUACCUGGGAAACCUGAGGUAGGCGAUUUUCAUCAAGAGCGAAAGGAAAAAGUCAUGUCUGACUUGGAGCAGAUUACAGUCAAGACAUCGCAUUCUCCGCUGGGAAAGCCAGAUGAUGAUUAUGCGGUUAGUUUGCUACCGAUAACGCAUGUGGUACAAUCUGGAAAUGUUACGCUUCAGCAGGCUUUGGAUAAGUUUGGGGAGGACGAUGAUGUUUGGACGUCGGAUUUUGAGACAUUCGUCUUGAUAAGCGGUACAAUGCCGAAAGAGCCACAUGCCAAGCAUGUUAUUCCUCUGAACAAGUCAUCACCUUUGACAGAGAUGGAGUGUCUACCUCCAGGUCCAUACUUUGCUCAAAUCACGCAUUCUGUAGUCUCGCUCUUUCGCGCAUACAGAAUCUAUGCUGAUCCCGCGCGAUCCUUUUACUACGGAGUCCUGCAAAAUACGGACAAAACUUUCGAAGUCCUCUCGUCAACGUCUCCUCUAACAAACGGCGGAGCAACAGUCGCCGUGCCCAGUCGACUGUACUAUCCCGCACCAACAGAGCAGAAGCCCCUUUCAGGUGUCCGAGUCGGUGUCAAGGAUCUCUACGAUCUAAAAGGCCUCAAGACCGGGGCCGGGAACCGCGCAUAUUUCAAUCUUUACCCAUCUGCAAACAGCACGGCAGUGAGUAUCCAGCACUUGAUUGACCUCGGCGCAGUCAUUAUUGGUAAAACUCGAACCAGCCAGUUUGCGAACGGUGAGGCGCCCACAGCAGACUGGGUGGAUUACCAUGACCCCUUCAAUGCACGCGGAGAUGGCUAUCAGGAUCCUUCGUCGUCAUCGGCAGGUGCUGCGUCUGCGGAGGGAAAUUAUGACUGGAUUGAUAUGAAUAUCGGCUCUGAUACAGGUGGCUCAAUUCGUGCGCCAGCGGCGGUUAAUGGUGUUUUUGGAAAUAGGCCGACGUGGGAUAUCAUGAACCUGACCGGAGUUGUUUCGAUGAGCGCAUAUAUGGAUACGCCAGCUUUCGUUGCUCGCUCAGCAGCUGAUUUCGCCUCCUGGGGGAAAGCAUGGUAUCAAGCUGGGAAUAAUUCUCUCAAGUCAUACACCAAGUUUCCGCAAAAGUUGAUAUAUCCCAUCGACACGCCUGGAAUCAACACUACGGAAUAUCCAUCACCAGGCUUUUUUCCAACAAGCAGUACUGCCGCUCAAGCUCUAUAUGACGACUUUACAACGAAACUUGAGAAGUUACUCAGCACCAACAAGACUAUCUUCGAUUUUUACACCGAAUACAAAAAUCAUACAGGGAUGUAUCCUCUCGACCAGCUCGGCGCAGUCUGGACGUUGAUGACCAGCUACGAGCAAUUCCAUAACGUGGUCUCCCCUUUCAUCGACAGCUAUAAAGAGUCAUACGGCGGCGACCAUCCCUACCUCGAUCCACAAGUAGCCAUGAACAUGGCGUACGGCGCGAACAACACCGCGGCAAGAUUCGACGAAGCUUUGGCUAACAAAACCAUUUUCAAACAGUGGAUUGAAGAAUCUGUCCUGAUACCUCGUCCGAAUACUUCUGAGUGCUCCUCCGCAUUGCUGAUUCACCCUAUCUGGCCCGGAGAGCCGAGCUAUAGAGACAACUAUCCGACGGAAAGCCCCGAGGAGGCCGGUCCGUCGUAUGUCUGGAAUCAGUAUAGUAUUAGUCAGCUGGCCGGUGUGCCUGAGGUGGUGUUGCCCCUAGGUCAGCUCAAUUAUACGAGUAGGGUAACUCAGACGACGAAAUAUCUGCCUGUUGCAUGUCGCAGAUACCAUGUUGCCCGAUCCGCAUAUGGUUCGCGGACACCUGCCCCUUCCGACACCCAGAAAUCAUACAAGAGUCCGUUCUACUUUGAAACGGGAUACGCUCUGCAGCCGAAACGGCCAUCGAGACCGUUUCCGCCUCCGUUUGUCUCGAUUCCGUCGUCUUCAUUCUCCGAUCCGUUGACGACGCAUUUUCAGAGUCAAGAUAGACGGCCGAAGGUAAAGAAUGAGCUGAUCAGAGGUUUGACGAAUGGAGACGAUGCGAUUCUCGCGAGUGAGUUUUUGCUGGGGGUAAACGAUGGUGUUGGUGCCUGGCAUACGAAGCCUGAGGGUCAUGCAGCACUAUGGUCGAGAUUGAUUCUCCAUUUCUGGGCCCUCGAAUGCGAGCGACAGAUCACCUGCAAAUCGCAGCCCGAUACCAUCGAAUUCCUACAGAAGGCCUACGAAGAAACCAUAGCAGCUACCAAAAACUGGCUGGGCACAACGACAUCCGCAACAGCAUUACUCCACUGCAACAAACACCAAAAUAGCAUAAACCCUUUACUUUACGUCACCAAUAUUGGCGACUGUCAAAUCACCGUCAUACGACCGCGCGAUAAAAAGGUCCUAUUCAAGUCGCGCGAACAAUGGCACUGGUUCGACUGCCCCUACCAACUCGGCACCAACAGCGCAGACCAACCCCGCACCGAAGCCGUACUAAACACCAUCGAACUAGAGGAAGGCGACAUCGUAAUCGCAGUCUCGGACGGUGUCACGGAUAAUCUCUGGGGCCAUGAAAUCGUGGACAACGUGCUUGAAAGUAUGGAGAAAUGGGAAUCCGGGGAUGUGGGUAAUAUGCCCACCACCACCGUCACUACCGCCGGCGAUGUCCCCGUCGCAGCGGAACAAGAAGCUAGUAGUAGUCUUGCAGACUGUAUGGUUUUUGCGGCUAGGAGGCUGCUGAAUGCGGCGCUUACGAUUGCGCUGGAUCCUUUUGCGGAUAGUCCCUAUAUGGAAAAGGCUAUUGAUGAAGGUCUUACUAUUGAAGGAGGUGUGUAA